AUGAAACUUAAAUUAGAAAUAGCGUCGUUGGAGAAAUAUUGGGAGAAACGUAUUAUCCCGAGAGGUUUACGUAUCAUGUUAAAAUCAGCCACAGAUAAAGAUGAUGAGGAUUUUAAUACUGUUUGGGAUAGAAUCUUAGACCACUGCUCCUUUGAACUUAUGAACCAUAUCAUAUGUAAACGGAAACGAAUGUUGGCAGUGCUGGAUGAGGAAAUCAAUGAAAUAAAAGAAAUUCUUUCUCCUCACCUGGCACUGCCAGAAUGUAUACAACUUAUGGAAAAAAUAGAGAAAAAAUUAAGUUCGUUAUUCGAGGAGACUGUGUCCACAAAGAAACGUAAAUUUGAUAGAGACCAGGAGGACUUUAGAGAGAAUAAAGUCAGAAGCUAUAAGAGAAAUCAAAAUGAGAGAUCUUAUAAAUCUAGUCCUAGGGGCAAAAAGUACAAUGCCCCCAGAAAUUUAAGAAACCAUAAAAUUACAUAUGCUCCUGAAAAUUCUUUAGAGCAUAAUUAUAUCAGGCGAGGAGAACUACAACCAAAACAAUAUACACCUCAGAGAGUGAAUAGUAGUGAGUGGACUACGGUCACUCACAAGAAAAGAAAUAACUUGUACAGAAAAAAUCCUUACAGACCCCAAGGGAAAUAUGACUCAGAAACACCUAGGGCAAGCAAUCAAGCAAAAAAUUGGCGUUCAUAUAAUAAGUUUGACUUACUCCAUACAGAAGAGACUGACCGAGUAGGGGCAAAAGAAAAUUAUACACAAUCAAAUGAUCAUUUUUUAGGACCAAGAAGCCAAUAUUUCGAUCAGAACUAUCGAGAGCCCCCACAAAUCAACAUAAGAAAGAGACCUUUUUUAGAGGAUGUAGGGGGGGGCAAGAGAUAUCACAAGAGAAAAGAAAAUGAAAAGGUAGAACAAAUAGGAAUUUUCAAUCUAUCUAGCGCCAUACUUACUAAACAUCAAAUAAAGGUGUUAAAUAGAGGUCUAAAGUAUGCCCCCACAGUUAAAGCAGACCCAUUUACAGCAUAUCUAGACGUGCAAAAGUACAUGAGAAAUUUGACUCUAAAGAAAUUCUUUUUGAGUAAUUCGAGUUCUAUGAUACCCAAUAUAGAACAUACUACUUUUCACCAUACAACUUUAAGAAACAAAUCCACUUUCUGUCCCACCAACCAGAUGAGCGGCCCCAUGUCCGCUUUUAAUUUAGCAGUAACGGCUGAUAUAGAUAAGCUACCGAAAAAAGUGGCUAAACACAAACAAAAUUUGAAUGUAUGGGAAAAGAAAGCAUUAAAAGAAUUAAGUGAAAAUAGGGACAUCACAAUAAAACCGGCCGAUAAGGGAGGGGGAAUUGUGGUCCUUAACUCAAAGGAUUACGAUAUAGAAUGUAAAAGAAUCCUCAAUGAUCAACUCACCUACGAGCGAAUAAAGACAGAUCCCACAUCGGACACCAAAAAACGCUUAUUUACCAUACUACAGAAAGGUAGAUUUCUAAAUAUAUUGAACAAGAAAGAACUAGAGUUUGUUAUGGAGAUAUAUCCUAAGAAACCA